GAAACCCUAAAAAGCUCCGGAGAAGAAACAAGCCGCCGGUAAUAGCAAAAAUGGUGUCCGGAUCGGGAGCCUGCGCAAAGAGAGUCGUGGUUGACGCCCGUCACCACAUGCUCGGCCGUCUUGCCUCAAUCGUCGCCAAGGAGCUUCUCAAUGGUCAGAAGGUCGUUCUCGUUAGAUGCGAAGAAAUUUGCAUCUCCGGCGGUCUCGUUAGACAGAAGAUGAAGUACAUGCGGUUCCUUCGUAAGCGUAUGAACACCAAACCCUCUCACGGUCCUAUUCACUUCCGCGCUCCAUCCAAGAUCUUCUGGCGCACUGUUCGUGGAAUGAUUCCACACAAGACAAAGCGCGGAGAAGCUGCACUUGCUAGAUUGAAAGUAUAUGAGGGAAUUCCCCCACCAUAUGACAAGAUCAAAAGGAUGGUGGUACCUGAUGCACUCAAGGUGUUGAGGCUUCAGAAGGGCCACAAAUACUGCUUGCUUGGGCAGUUGUCAUCUGAGGUCGGAUGGAAUUAUUACGACACCAUCAAGGAGUUGGAGAAGAAGAGGAAGGAACGAGCUCAUUUGAAUUAUGAGAAGAAGAAGCUCCUCAAUAAAUUGAGGACUAAAGCCGAGAAGAUUGUUGAUGAGAAACUUGCUCCACAACUUGAAAUUCUUGCUCCAGUCAAGUACUGAGUUGUAGUAGUUACCAUUUUUAAAGUAUUGGUUUUGUAGCAUAUGAAUUCGAACUCCAUUUCUGGUUUGUUUUUCAUUCUAUGUUUGCUUGACCUUAGAAAUGAAAACCUGGGAAUUUUUUUUCUUAUAACAAUUUUGUAUGUCCUUCCAACUUACUUUCUAUUAGUGUUGCCCCUUUGGUGUAACAUUAAAUGAGAAUUUUGUUUUGUUUUA